AGUAAGACGCUAUGUCAGAGACGAACAGGGUCCAUUUUAAAAGUCCUGUUGAAGAUGAUACGUGUAGAACUUUUAGUUCUCUCUCUCCUAACAGUCUUAUCAGUGGUGAUGGGAGAUACCAUUGGCUACCUGGGAGAGUCUGUCACCUUAUCCUCUGGAGCCAAUCCAUCCUGGCACAUCACCAAGAUAACGUGGUCCAUAUACAACAACGACACCUGGAUCGCAACAUUCAGGAGCAGAAAUAGCAACACAGAAUGGUUCGGGAAGUUUAAGAGUCGACUGAGUCUCAACACCUCGUCUGGUGACUUGGAGAUCAGAGAUGUUCAGAGAGGGGAUGAACUGGUUUACUCUGUUCUCCUCACACACAGUCAGGGGGAGCAGCAGAUCAGUAAGGUACCGCUCACUGUGACAGAGCGUCUCGUUGAGCCUAGUGUUCAAAAGAUCUUCAGCGUUCUGAAGGACGGACACUGUGUGAUGGCUCUUCAGUGCUCCUCUUCGGUGAAGGACACCAGAUUUUCUUGGGAGCCAGAAGCUUCGUUUGACGGCUCCUUCUUGAGGGGGGGUCCCAACACCAACGUCUCUGUUGUCUGGGCGUCUUACAGCCCCAACAGAAAUGUCAUCUUCAUCUGUACUGCCAGCAACGGGCUCACUAACGCCUCUAAGGUUGUGAGGGAGAUAUGCCAAGAUGAACAGCCAAAGCCUGACGUGGUGGAGGGGGAGAACCGCGUCCCCGGGAUCAUAAAAUUGCUCUUAGGAUUUCUGUUCGGAUGUCUUUUAACAUAUAUUUUCAGAGAGUCCCUCACAUGCUUAUCAAUCAGGUUCAACAAGAGUCGAAGCAUCAGCAAGUUGUGUCCUACACUUUCGGGAGUUGAAAAAAACUCCAGCCUACCUAUAGAGAGGAGUUGAACAUUGGAGCUGUCAAACCAAUACUCCAGCCUACCUAUAGAGAGGAGUUGAACAUCGGAGCUGUCAAACCAACACUCCAGCCUACCUAUAGAGAGGAGUUGAACAUUGGAGCUGUCAAACCAAAACUCCAGCCUACCUAUAGAGAGGAGUUGAACAUCGGAGCUGUCAAACCAAAACUCCAGCCUACCUAUAGAGAGGAGUUGAACAUAGGAGCUGUCAAACCAAAACUCCAGCCUACCUAUAAGGAGGAGCUGAACAUCGGAGCCGUCAAACCAAAACUCCUGCCUACCUAUAGAGAGGAGCUGAACAUCGAAGCCAUCAAACCAAAACUCCAGCCUCUGUCACAUGAUCUCAGUAUAUGCAACUUUUCAAGAAAGUUAGGAACCAAUAUGCACAGGCAGUUAGGAAAGCAAAGGCUAGCUUUUUCAGACUUUUUUUUGCAUCCUGUAGCAUAAACU